CACCACAAUCAAUUGUGAAGGAACGCGUGACACACAGGGUAAACUCCUGUAACACACCCAUUAAAAAAAAAAAUCGAUGAGCUUGUGAUGUUUGAGUGCAGAGCGGGGUAAACUCCAGCCCACGGAAAAGUGGAGUUGGAGUCGAAGCUUCCACUGUGGUUGUCUCUCACUUGCUUUCGACUCGACUAACUCCAUUUUGGAACAACAGCUGUCGGAAGAAGACAAGAAGACACAAGCAGCUUUUCACAAGCUCCCGUUGGCCUGCCGAACGCUGUUUGCUCAUCUUUAACGCCACCGUGCAGCUUCGGCUUCGGCCCAUUUUGUCGUGUUUUUUUUGUUCCCUUUCCCCUUUUUUUGCUUACGACUGACAGGAAACUUAAACAGGAAUCCAUGGUGUUAAAUGUCCAUUGUAACAAGUGGAUAAGAGGAAGCGAGCGGAUCAAGGUGUAAUGAGAGCGCUUGUCAUGGACAGAUGAUGGACGUGGAGACGUCGUACUCGGACUUCAUCAACUGUGAUCGUACCGGCCGCAGGAACGCGGUGCCCGACAUCGCGGGUGAGGCCAAAGCGGAGGCCAGCACCAGUGACGUCGCCAAAGACUUGGCGGAGAUGGACUUAAAGGAUGCAGGGGAGCCCGAGGCAUCUCCAGCCCCCGAGGCUGAGGGCUCCACCAGUCAAGAUGCCCAGGGAGCUGGAGGACCGUCCUAAGCGGGAGGCGGCGGUACAGAGCGGACGGAGAUGGAGACGCCGUCGCACGCAGACGGUUUGUUUAAAGCUUAGUCGGCACUAAUUGGAUCAGAUGUUAAGACGGCAACCGCUGGGAAGUCCGACUGCCGUUUGAGACAUUUCUCUUCUGCAUCGGACUCCGUUUAGUCCCUUCAUAUUCCCUGUGGGACGGGGAGGCAGAGAGACGUUGGAUUGAUGUGAAAACAUUUGAACAGUCUAAACUAUUUCCAGCCCAAUGAUGGAGGGGGGAAUUCAUAACCGCGUGUCAUUUUCUUUCUAUAUGUGUGCGUGUGUGUUUGUAACGCUCUUGACCUGUUUCCUUAUCCAGUGUUGAACCCCCCCCCCCCCAAAUAGUCUCCAUUCAACCAUCAUGUAUGCACCCUGUAUUUAUUGUUCAGUGAUAACUUUGUGAUAGCGAUUUCCUUUGUGUAAUAAAAAAAUAUGAAUCCAG